AUGAACUCUCUCUCUCUCUCUGUGAGAAGGUCGUGACGAAGUUCAGUCACGUCCAUGAAAACUGAUGGAUUUGAGACAGAUUACUAGGACUAGAAGGUGCAACAACAUCGUCCCCAUUUGCAAACACCCACGAGCUCUAACCACCCUGCACUCUUUGUCCUUGUUCCUACAAGAAUUUGUGUCAACACUCUGCAGCCAUAAACACUUAGAAACACAGAUGCACAACCAAUGACUAGGGACUACUGACUUCCCAGUGCAAUUGCCGAAUAGCUUGUUUUCAUCAUCAUCAUCUUCUUCUCAUUGUCGAGUGUGUCCAGCUCUGCAUUCUUUACUCACCCAAGAGCGACAUGACCACACUCCACCCGAAGCUAUCUUCGGCCUCUUCUUGCCCUCUUUCCCGCAGAGUCAUCUGCUGCUUCAACGCCGUCCAUUGUAGUGCUCAGAGGAUCGAUAUCUCUAGCAACAGCAAUGGCAGUGCCAACGGGAAGGCCACUUUCCCUGAGAAGGACCCUCUGAUCCGCCAGGUCGCCUCGGCGGCCCCCCGGCCUCGCCGCAUCAUUCUGGUCCGGCACGGCCAGAGCGAAGGUAAUGUAGAUGAGAGUGUGUACACAAGGGUUGCCGAUCCUAAGAUCAGCCUCACUGACAAAGGGAAGGCCGAAGCGGAGGCAGUUGGUUGGAAGAUAAGAGGGAUGAUUGAGAAAGAUGGAGCAGAUGAUUGGAAGGUCUACUUCUAUGUGUCACCUUACAAAAGAACCCUAGAGACUCUGAGGAAUUUAGGCAGGGCUUUUGAGAGGUCAAGGAUUGCUGGCAUGAGAGAAGAGACUCGUCUAAGAGAACAAGAUUUUGGGAAUUUCCAGGAUAGAGAGAAGAUGAGAGUUGAGAAACAAAUGAGAAUAAUGUACGGUCGUUUCUUCUACAGAUUUCCUGAUGGAGAAUCUGCAGCAGAUGUUUAUGAUAGAAUUACUGCAGGAUUCAGAGAAACUCUAAGGGCCGAUAUUGACAUAGGACGGUUCCAACCGCCGGGGGAGUGGAGCCAGAACAUGAACCUGGUGAUCGUGUCGCAUGGACUCACGCUGCGGGUCUUCCUGAUGAGGUGGUACAAGUGGACCACGGAUCAAUUCGAACGCCUCAAUAAUCUGGGCAAUGGUGAAAUGAUUGUGAUGGAAAGAGGGUAUGGUGGAAGAUAUAGCUUGCUAGUGCAUCACACUGAGGAAGAGCUGAGGAAGUUUGGAUUGACAGAGGACAUGUUGGCUGAUCAAGAAUGGCAAAAAUACGCGAAGCCGGGUGAGCUGAACUACGACUGCCCUAUGCUGAAUUCGUUCUUCACUCACUUUGGAAACGAGAGGGUUGAUAGCUAGAGCAAAACACACGAGCAAAGUCAGCCGGAGAAAAGGUGGAAGGUAGAGCAACUCGUGGAGUGGACCACAAUCGAAGCGCAGGCUGAUUGUAAUCAUGGGAUUAAUAUGAGGGCAGACACAGAUCUCUCGAUUGUGGUGUGCCGAAAUUGCUACGCCACAAGAAAAAUUAACUAUGUAACAACACAUUAGUAGUCAUGCCAGUAUCAAUAGGAAUAUCAGGAUCAGAUGGAGGGAAAUCCUGUUCAUGCUAUUGAUUAUUAAGCUACACGAGAAUAAGUGCAUUCCUACAGUUGUCCGAUGCACGGACAGUGAAUUUGCGUAAUGUCAAGAGCAUGUCCCUCUAAAUUAUAGGUUCGUGAUGGAAGUAACAUGCA